GUUUUGAUGAAGAAAUAUUAUUAGACGAGGCAAGUACUGUUGGUUAUUGGGAACAUUUUGAUGUACGAACUAUGAAAAUAUCCCCGUCUCAAAAGGUAUAUUAUUGCGACUCUUCGAUGCAAAGUUCUAAAUCGUUUGCAAUUUAGCCAGAUUUUGCAUAAAAUAAUAAUGAAUAAUUUGCAUUUAAGCGAUCUAUAUACCUACAGUAAUAUUCGCUUUUUAUUUUCAGUAUGUUGCAUUCAUUGCGGAUAUUUCAAGAAACGAUACUUAUUGUGGCAUUUUGAUUGACACUGUGGAAAACCCAGGAAAGAUUGUGGAACAGUUACCAUGUGUUAAUAUAGGUACAAGGAUUGGAAAAUCACUCACGAAGACUAUUCUAAAUGAAUGGAAAUUUAAUCGAUUGACAUUGAUUAUCUGAUGCAGAUUUCAUCUUGAUUGCAAGAGUUUUUAAAAUUGUAUACAAAAGCAUCUUUACAGAUAUUUUAUAUAUUGGCUAUUCUUGAAAUAUUUUCACAUAAAACAGUAAUAUUAACAAUAACCUGCAAUUAUUUAACAAGGGUAACAAAUUACAGUUUUCACUGAAAAACCUGUGGCCCUUGGAUUACCACAUGCAUGGCUUUAUAUAAAUCUUGAAGCCAAUUCAAGCCAUGUUCGCUUUUAUUUGCCGUUUUAUUCCAUUUUUGAUCGUGGUGAGACUUUUUCGUUUUUUUCCAAACUGUGGACUAACAAAUUAAGAAUGGUAAAAAAUUCAAACAAUGCCAAUUACAUCGAUAAGUAUUUACAUAAUUAUAUGUUUAAAAAAAUGAUUAUAUUUUUGGUUUGAAUAAUUAUAUAUUCACAAAACUUUCUAUCUUGUCAAUAAUUCCGCGCGUGAAUAUAACCACAUUCUGAUGGUAUUGAUAUAUAGGAACACGCGACAUGUUAUACCGAUCCCUGUCACAGUUUUGGUAUUAUACCGUAUUACAUAAUCUUAAUUGAACCAAAUCUCAAAGUUUUUUCCAAAUUUUUCUAGAGUGGUCUGGUGUUGAUAACAUCUUGUAUUAUACUACAUUCAAUAACUUACACCGAGCAAACAAAGUAUGGAAGCAUGAAAUCGGACAGGAUACAUCGAAAGACGAAUUGAUUUUUGAAGAAAACGACGCUAGGUCUGUGUAUUGCAGUUUGAAUAUAUUAAUAAUUGACGACUGAUGCAGUGAGGCAUUCGAAUUUCUUAUUGACGAGUAAGACUGUCAGGCAUUGUUGUCAAAAAUGCGCUCUUUGUUGUCGUUUUAAAUAUCUUAUUUCUACUUUUUAGGUUUUUUGUUGAUGUGAGCUGUACAAAAGAUGGUCGUUUUGUAACUAUCAAUUCAAGUUCGAAGACGACAUCGGAAGUACGUUGCUUUUAAGAAAUAGAAAACGAGUCGCCUUGUUUUAUAAGAGUUGUAAUGCAAGGCCAUGCAGAUAUGGCGGAAAUGGCGAGGGAGCCGGAGCGGUCUAGCUCACGGCCCCAUGGAAUGUUAGGGUUUAUAACGUACCCCCUCACCUUUAAUGUCAACUACGCAUGACAUGUGCAUGUACGUACCGCAUGUGUAUCAGUGUAUUUAUGAAGAACUGUCUAUUACUGUACAAUUCAUCUAAUUUUGCCCGUCAUUACAUUUCUACAAAGUUUUUUUUGAAACAUUGCAUUAAAAGGGUACUUGACACGGAGACGAAUGGCUAUUACUGUUUCAGUUUUACAGAAAGACGUUCUUACAACGUGUAUACCCUAAACAACGCAUAAAAAUGUGUCAAAUUUUCACUUUGACCUAUCAUUUAACCUUUCCCAACGGGUUGUGCAUAUCUUUUCAUGGAAGGUGCAAAUCGAUCUCAGGGUAGGUGCACAUGCACAUUUACACCCCUCCCCGAUCCCCAUCCCUCUCCUCUCUACCCAUCCUUGAUAUUCCUUUUUUAAAUUUCUUGGGUUUUUUAUCUCACUUCCGUAGUCUGGUUCACGUGACCUGCAGGAAAGUUCAUGGUCAUGUUUGACCACAACGUUCUUGCUAAAACAACCAGACUAUAUGUUUGGUAGAUAUAUAACUAGGGGCCCCUGAUAUGUAUCCAUCUAACAUAUCUGUAGUCGGGUUAAUUAAAUCAGGAAGUCCUGGUCAAAUGGACUAGUCUAUAGUAGAAACAUAUUAGAUUAACCAUUAAAAAGUGGCAAGGAAUAUUAAGUUAUUCCUAUUUAUUACGUUAUACAAGGAAUAUCUCAACCGGAUUGUUUUAAGAGUGUAUAGUGUUCAUUUAACAAUCGAUUAAUUUGAGUAUAUUUAUGUUUCAGGUUUAUAUACUGGAUUGUGGCGAUACCAAAGCUUCUGCGCAACUUGUACAAGCGAGGGAACCUGGUAUCGAAUAUUAUGUAGAGCACUGUCAUGAUUUGUUUUAUAUAUUAACCAAUUACCCUGACGGCGGAAAUUAUCAAGUAAGUAAUUUUGUCGUAAUCCGUGUUUCCUGUUCCUUUGGAAAUGUUAAAGAAUUUAAAUGUGAUCCUGGCCAAUAUAAAUGCACAAUGAAGUGUAAUAAACUUUUAAAUGCAAAAAAAGGCUCGCGACUCAAACCACAUGACACAUUCAGCUUCAUAUAAUAAGAGAUUUUUGUUUUGAAAACAAAGCUAUAGGAAGUUGUGUAGAAACAUGCUGCCGUGCUUUGUGUCUGAACUACUUGAAAGAGGUUAGACGAAGGAGGUUGGGUACCUACAAUCAUAGCAAAAAUUCCGUGGAUACUUAAUAAGUGUACACAUGAUGGUACCCCCCCACCCCACCCCCCCCCCAUCUACAAUGUUGGUUUUGACAUGCAUUUCACAAAGCUUUCACCUAACCAAUUUAUAAGCAUUCAACAUUGAACCUGGGGUGCGGGGAGGGGAGGGGAGGGGAGGGGAAAGUUAAAAUUACUGUUUUGCAUGUAUGUAUUGGGCAGUCCACAAUAAUUUUUGCCAGGAUUGUACGUACAAUGGACCCUACAGUGCGUUUACAAGCAGAACAAUAUAUUUAAGUCAAGGUCGCAAAGUUUCACGGGAUGCGAAUAAAAAGUCAGAGCGAUACCCAUAUGUGACGACCAUCACUUUACACCUUUUUCGUAAUGGAUUUAUCGUGAAAUGGUUGUGAACAAGUUGUGGCAGGGAUAUAGCAGUAGUAAAACAGUAAUACCACUGUCAUUAGAGAGGUCCACAGUAAUACCACUGUCAUUAGAGAGGUCCACAGUAAUACCACUGUCAUUAGAGAGGUCCAUAUAUUUAUCAAUAUAUACAAAUAGCGGGGGAGAAAGCUGAUAAAUCAAGACUGCUCAAAUAACAAUCAUGCAACGAUGAACGAAGCUCGAUCGCUGAGUUAAAGAUUUCGUGGUCAGGAGACUUUGAAUCACUCAAACGGUUUGUUAAAGAGUUGUUAAACAUUGUCCGGACAUGGUCUUCGCCUGGCGGAGAGAAAAAGUUAUUCUCAAGCAAUGAUGUUAACAUGCAAUGGGGGAAAAAGAAAUUUUUAGCUGUUGACGGUCCAGAGGCAAGUAAAGUUAUUCGUUGUCUUUUAAUUUUUAUCGAUAGUUCGUUCGCAGAACAGUGCUCCGAUAACAUUGGAGUUUCGUCUGAUAAAUGCCAGUGUACCGGGGUGGAAAUGGAAGGUGUCAAGUUAGAUAUCGUAAUUUUAGAAGCUAAAUUUAAUAAACAACUUGAAAUAUUACGCAACGAGAUGGCCAGUCUUAUCUCUAAGCCCGCUGAUUUGGGCGAAUCGUUUACUGAAUCCACACAGAAUGGGGAAGAUAUUUCCACAGAGUAUCUUCAAAAUGGCAAAAUUCAGCGUUUAGAAGCAGACAUUGCUAUCUUAGUCAGAGGACGAAAUUCCGAGGUAAAUGAAUUAAAUAAUCAUGUUUCGCGCGCUACUCUGGUUUAAAUAAAUGAUUACAAAGCCCAGUCGAAUUGUAAUCAAGACCCAACGUUUCGACACUCCAGUCUAGUGUCUUCAUCAAGGGUGAUCUAAAAUUGCAACCGUGGCUUCUUAAAUACCCAAGGGAUGACGUCACCUGCCAAUGAGAUGCAUAUAUUCCUCUGGCAAAUAGGCACCGUCAUCCCUAUUCAAAGCAUGAUUACUCAUAUUUAUAUGCCACGCUUCUAGGCAAAGUCUUUGACCAUAGCGAUUGUUUGUGGUAAUUAUUUAGAGUUUUCCCACGCAAUCCGCGAAACAUGAUUGAUAUACCUGGUUGCAGUGAACGAACAAACUUUGAAUUAAAUAAUAUUAUUGACACUCUAAAUUGAACUAAUUGAAGCGUCAAAUGUGGCCCUUAAACAUGAAAUUGUUGGCUUAAAAAUUCUAAAGUCAUCAAACCAUUGUAAUGAUAUGGGUAAUUGGAACAGCGAACAAUGCGAUCACCAAAGUCUAGACCUCAUUAAUCAAGGGACCAAACAAAAACAAAUGCAAAAAUAUGGUAAUUUACUCAAAGUUUGGUUAAUAAUCCUGAAGGUUGCCUAAAUGAUAAGGCAACCAUGCAUGAAGUCUCUAUUAUGGUGAAUAGUAAAGAAAGCACAAAAGAAGUCAAUCAUGUGAUUGAGCAGCGACAUAUUCCAUACCUGUCAUCGGACACAAUGCAUAGUGAGGAUUUUGGGAGGAAUCUAACCCCUGAGUGGAUUGGUAGUUUACCAUUAAUCGAAAUUAAUGUACCCAAGCCUUCUAAUCGUACGUUUAUUCGGGUUCAACAACAACAACAACAACAACAACAACAACAACAACAACAACAACAAGCUAGCCAAAUUCAAAAAACCAGCCUAAAAGAUCGGCAAGAAGUAAGCUCCCAAUGCAUGAUCAAGCUAGCCAAAUUCAAGCAAGCCAGCCUAAAAGAUCGGCAAGAAGUAAGCUCCCAAUGCAUGAUCAGGAUUUUUUUGGAAACGGAAACGAGACUUAAAUUGGCAAAAUUACCUGACAUUUGUUCGUGCGACAAUGAGACGGUAAACACAAUUCCUGUUAUAAUUUCGAAACGAAUUAAUAAGAAAUAUAAUGUGCGAUAUCGACAUAAUCCCAUCCGGCCAAAUGAUUUAAUUAAAAUUCCUAUUAAACACUUGCCGGGUUCCCAACAUACGUUCGUUACCUCCCUAAUGCCAUCUAAUGGAAAUCCCAUGCCAACCCCCAUUCCUCCAUCAACUUUAAGUCAGGAAGUCAAUCCUCUAAGAAAUACAGUGACUAAUCAUAGAGCACUAAGAAAGGUCCCUUAUCGUAAAUCAUACAACAUCCCAACUGUUCUAUCAGCAAAUGUUAGGGGAAUCGCAAAGAAGUUGACGAGAUUCAACAAGUUUCUGAACUUAGUAAUGUCAAUGCAAUAUGUAUAACUGAGACAUGGUUGUCUCCAAAUGCGUCAGAUUCCUCUGUCGUUAUCCCAGGUUACAAUCUAUUUCGGAAAGAUCGAGUGAAUACAACAGGAGGAGGAGUGUGCAUUUAUUUAAAUAAUACAAUUCCCUGUAAGAGGCUAGAGCAAUGUAACGAAGAUGGAGUUGAAUCUGUAUGGAUUUCAAUGAGACCCUACUGUCUACCAAGGAAUAUAACAUCCAUAGUACUAUCAGUAAUAUACCAUACGACCUCUAAUCGCGAAUCUGAGAAUAUUAUUCUCCGACAACAUAUUCAACGUAACCUUGACAACCUAUUAGCUAAUCAGCCAAAUGCGCUUGUAAUACUUACUGGCGACUUUAAUCCAACGUCAACCGGAUUGAAAUCGAAAGAUUUGACUCAAACAAAUCAUCUCAAACAACUUGUCACUUUUAAAACAAGGUAUUCUGGUAUCCUGGAUUGGUUUCUGACAAAUCGGACUAGGUUAUUUGAAUUGUCUCAGUUAUCUAAAAUUGCAUCCUCCGAUCAUUUCACAAUACUGGCGAAACCACUUCUAGGACCUAAGAAGAACAAAGUAACUAAAAAAUUAUUUCUCGUGAUAUGAGGGAUAGUGCCUGGCGUGAGUUUGGUCGAUGGAUAACCCAGAAAGAUUGGAACCCAGUCCUUAAUACUUCCUCCUGUGAAAAUAAGUUCCAACUAUUCAUCACAGAGUUAAAGCAAGGUGUCGAUUGCUAUCUCCCACAAAGGACAGUAAAAGUUCACCAAACAAGUCGCCCAUGGAUAACAAAUAAACUCAAGAUAUGGAUCAGAAAACGCCAAACCGCAUUCCAAAGACAUAUAUAAACACUGGAGGAAUAAAAUUCAAAGGGAAAUUAAAGCGGCCAAGUCACAUUAUUAUAAACAUAAAGUUGCAGAACUGGGACAGACUAACCCCCGGAAAUGGUGGAAACAAAUAAAAAGUCUUAUGGGACAAGACAUUCAACAGGAGUGGCAUUAUCAAUUUCUUGGUGACAAUGGGAAUGUUAAGAUACUCGCAGAUAGAGUCAAUGACUUCUUCUUGAGCAUAACUGAGAACUUUUCACCGUUAUCGCCUCUUUGUCCAACUCAGCAUGUCCCAAACGAGUUCCUUGUUUCUGAAGCAGAGGUUUAUCGAUCAUUGUCAUCUCUACAAGUAGCCAAAUCUGUUGGACCGGACGAACUCCCAAAGAAAGUAUUAAAGGAAUUUGCUACGGAGCUUUCUCCAGUCAUUCAGGAUAUCUACAAUCAGUCCAUUAAGGAAGCAUAUAUCCCAGAUUUACUUAAAUCCUCAAUUAUAUCUCCAAUACCGAAUGUAACCACACCACAAUCAAUUGAAAGCGACUUACGUCCAAUAUCCCUAACAUGCAAUUUGGCUAAAAUUAUGGAGGGAUUUUUCUGUAGGAGACUUCUAUCACAGCUGACACGAAAAAUUGACCCCCGUCAGUUUGCUCGUAAGGGUCACUCCACUACGGAUGCACUAAUAUUUUUGCUUGUAGCACGUCUGCGAGACGAUGGAUAG